ACGAGACUUCCGGUUAACCUGAAAUAGGAACUCAACGCCAAGAAAUCGUUCAAUUUGGAAAGAGAAUUGUAACUUAUUAUGCCGAAAAGACGGGAUGUUUCAGAAAAGGACAAUUCCUCAGAUGAGGAACCUAAGAAAAUCAAAUCUGCUGGAUCUGCAACAGAAGAUAGUUCUUCUGACUCUGACUCAGACUCUGAUUCCAACAGUAGCUCCUCCAACUCUGAUGAAGAAUCCAACUCAGACUCAAGCUCUGCUGGGGUAAACACCUCUAAAAGGAGAGAUGUGAGAGCAGACAGUCCUGAAAGGAAGAGGUCCCAAAGGAGUUCUGAUGACAGCCAUGCAGACAAUAGCUCUAGAAGGUCUACAGGCUCGCGUGAUCACCAGAACAGAUCAAACAGAAAUACGAGUGAGAGAUCUGUUAGUAGCAGAAGUCCAGAUCCAAGCAGAAGACAAAAAACUGUCUCUAGAAGUCCAGCUGCUUCACAGGAAAGACUCUCAGACAGGUCAUCCUCAGAUCGCAGAUCUGACAGACCAUCCUCAGAUCGUAGAGGGGACAGACCAUCCUCUGAUCGUAGACCUGAACGACCUUCUUCAGAUCGCAGACCUGAACGAUCUUCCUCAGAUCGCCGACCUGAACGACCAUCUUCAGAUCGAAGGCCUGACAGACCGUCCUCAGACCACAGAUCUGAAAGGCCAUCUUCAGAUCGCAGACUCGACAAAACAUUAUUAGACCGCAGACUGGAAAGAGAUAGACAGGGGUCAAGAGUAGAGAAAUCGCCAAGUCCAGUCUCUGAUCGACAUCAAAGGACAAAUAAAAGUGAAAGGACCAGAAGUCCAAGUUCAGAUGGACAAAAGAGGGACCUUUCACCAAGUCAGUCAAGGGAGAGAAUGGUUGAAAAGUCAAAGAUGAGAGAUAAGUCAGAGAGUCCAAGGAGUAGGCGUAAACAGAGCAGUGGUUCACCAAAACAGAGGAAAUCUCCUUCAAGCAAAUCCCCUCAGAGGUCAUCACGAUCAGAGCAGAAGCCCGAUCGUAGAAGACAUGAUAGUUCCAGUGAUGACAGACCCAGUCCAAGAGCAGCAGGUGAACAGAAGUGUAAAUCCACAAAGUCAAAUGACACUUCUGAAAGAGUGAGGGAUUCCCAGUCUCACAAGAAGCGGCAUCACAGUAGCUCUAGUGAGGAGGAGAAACGUCCAAGUGAAGGAAAAAAGCGUCCUGAAGAAAAAGGAAAACGAGUGAAGAGAUUGAGGGAGGACAGUAAAGGGGAAAAGAGUAAGGAGUCAUCUGACUCAUCUUCAUCUUCCUCUGAUGACUCUGAUUCCAGUAGCAGUGAUGAGUCUGAGAAGGAUAGCUCUCCUCGCAAGACUCGACCUCACGAGAGUGACAGAGAGAGUGGUGAAGUACGCACAACAGAUGAAGACAGUGAUGUAGGGAAGAGUGGAAAGAAGUCCAAGAUGUCUGUACAGAAAACUGAUGGUAAUGAAAAGGACGAGGAGAGAGUAACCUUGGUGCAGCUGGAGGAUGAUAAUGAUGAUGAGUUUGAGAGGGAGGAAGAAGCUCAACGCCGAGAGGAAGAGGAGAGAAGAGACAAGGAGAGACGAGAGAGGGAAAAGGCUGCAGCCAAAGAAAGGAAGGAGAAAGAGAAGAAGGAUCUCUUGGCAAGGGAGAGGAAGGAACAGGAUGCUCGGGAGGGGAAGAAAAAGGAAGGAAGAGAUCAGCAGAAGGGGAAAGAACAUGAAGAGGAAGAAACCCGGAAACGCAAACAAAGAGAUGAAGACAGUGAUGAAGGGUCUCUUGCCAGUCGUGAGAAGGAUCCAAGGUCAGAGAAGAAGAGGAGCAAGGAUGAUGAUGACAGGAGUCAGAGUAAGAGUGAGAAGAGUUUGGAUAACAGGAAUGACAGUACAGAGCAAGAAAGACGAGGGGAGAGGAAUCGUGAUAGGAGUAGGAGUAUUGAGAGAGAAAGAGCGGAGAAGGUGAAGAGCGACAGACAUGGAAGCAGAGAGAAGGAAAGGAGAGAAAUAAAGACCAUAGCUGCAAGAAGCAGAAGUAUUGAAAAAGAGGCAAGGGCAGAGAGAAAGAGAAGUGACAAAGAUUUAGAAAGACAAGUUGAGAAAACUAGAGGAAGCCCUGAAAGAGAAAGAAAAUCUGAAAAGUCUACAGAUAGUAAGAGCAGCAGUAAAGAGCGGGAAAGAAAAGAGAAAAGGGGAGGUGAUAGAAGUGAUAGCAAUGAAAUGGAAAAUAGGGAGAAGAGAAGAGGUGAUAGAAGUGGAAGCAGUGAGAUCGAAAGAAGAGAUGAGAAAAGGAGAGGUGAUAAAAGUGGAAGCAGUGAGAUAGAAAGAAGAGAUGAAAAAAGAAGAGGUGAUAGAAGCGGAAGCAGUGAGAUCGACAGAAAAGAGGAGAAAAGAAGACUUGAUAGAAGUGGAAGUAGUGAGAUUGAGAGAAGAGAGGAGAAAAGAAGAGGUGAUAGGAGCCAGAGCCGUGAAAUAGAAAAAAGAGUAGAGAAAGGAAGGGUUGAAAAGGAGUCUGAUGGUAGCAGAGCCCAUCAAGGCAGGGCAGACAGGGGAGGGGAGAGAGAGAAAAGACAAGAGGGAGAGAGGGAACGAGAGAAAGAGGAAGAAAUGAGUGACAGCUCAGAUGACAGUUCCGAUAGUUCUAGCAGUGACAGCAGCGACAGUGAUGAAAGUGAGGAAGAAAUGCCAAAGAGAAGGAGUGAAAUUGCCGUCAGGGUUGUUAACAGGGCCAACAGUAGAGAAAAGGAUAGAAGGAAAGAACAGUGGAACAGUGAAUCUGAGGAUGAAGACAGACAAUCCGAGAGGAGAGACAAACAUCGGAGGAGAGAGGACCGAAGUGAGCUGAAAGAAGGCCUGACAGAAGAGAGAACGGGGAUAAGACGUGGUGGUAGUCGUGAGAAUGACAGAAGGAAUGAGAGGAAUUAUGAAAGGGGAGAGAGAGAUGGUAGUGUAGACAGGGAUAGGAGAGAUCAAAGAGGUGGGAAAAUGAGGAGAGAUGAAAGAGAUGACAGGCGAGAUGGCAGGUGGAAUGACAGAAGAGAUGACCGUGGCAGGAGGAAUGAAGAAAGGGAUGAACGACAGAUGGACAGAUGGAGGGGUGAUGGAGAGGUGGAUCGUUGGAGAAGGAACGACCGUGAUGGGGAUCGAUGGAAUGAUGACAGAGGCGACAGACGAGGGAUGAAUGACAGAAGAGUGGAUAGGAGGGAUAGAAAUGGGGAGGAUACAGAAAACGAUAGCAACUCUCGCAAGAGAAGAGUUGGGGAAGCAGAUCCUGCAGCUGCUGGCGGUGGUGAAGGGGAGCCUGUCGCUAAGGUGGCCAAGGCUGCACCUACAGGCAAGCAAAUGUUGACAGGGAAAACAGGCGGUGCCUACAUCCCACCUGCCAAACUACGCAUGAUGCAAGCACAGAUAACCGACAAGAGCAGUGUGGAGUACCAGCGUAUAUCUUGGGAGGCUCUGAAGAAGAGCAUCAACGGUCUCAUCAACAAAGUGAACGUCUCAAACAUCAUCUUGAUUGUCAAGGAGCUGUUCCAGGAGAAUAUUGUCAGAGGAAGAGGUCACCUGGCCAGAUCGGUCAUUCAAGCACAGACCCUGUCACCAACCUUCACCCAUGUCUACGCUGCUCUAGUCGCCAUCAUCAACACUAAAUUUCCUCAAAAUGGUGAGCUGAUUCUGAGGCGUCUGAUUCUGCAGUUCAAGAAGGGUUUCCGGAGAAAUGACAAGACUGUGUGUUUGUCUUCUACGCGUUUCAUAGCUCACCUGGUCAACCAGCAAGUGGCCCAUGAAGUGAUCGCCCUGGAGAUCCUCACCCUGCUGAUGGAGAACCCUACAGAUGACUCCGUGGAAGUGGCUAUUGGCUUCCUCAAGGAGUGUGGACAGAAGCUGACUGAGGUCUCUCCCCGAGGAAUAACUGCAAUAUUUGAGCGCCUGCGUAACAUUUUGCAUGAAGGCAUGAUUGACACUCGGGUCCAGUACAUGGUGGAGGUGAUGUUUGCUAUCCGGAAAGACGGCUUCAAGGAUCAUGUUGCCGUUGUUGAUGACCUUGACCUUGUGGAAGAGGUGGAUCAGUUCACACAUCUCAUCACCCUGGAAGAUGCUGUGCAGUCAGAGGACCUCCUGAAUGUGUUUCGAGCUGAUCCAGACUAUUUGGAAAAUGAAGACAAGUACAAGUCUCUCAAGAGAGAGAUUCUAGAAGAGUGCAGCUCUGAUGAAGGGGAGAGCGGAUCGGGGUCCAGCAGCGAGGAAGACAGUGAUGAAGAUGAGGAAGAUGAGGAAGCCAAACAGAUAAUCAUUGACAACACUGAGACCAACCUGGUGGCCUUGCGCCGGACAAUCUACCUGACCAUCCAGUCAAGUCUGGACUUUGAGGAGUGUGCCCACAAGCUGCUCCGUAUGGAGAUGAAGCCAGGACAAGAAGUGGAACUGUGCAACAUGAUUCUCGAUUGCUGCGCCCAGCUGAGAACAUAUGAAAAGUUCUUUGGUCUGCUAGCACAGCGUUUCUGUCAACUGGACAAGAAGUACGUGGAGCCAUUCCAGACCACUUUCAUAGAACAGUAUGAGACCAUUCACAGACUGGAGACAAACAAACUGAGGAACGUUGCUAAAUUCUUCGGUCAUCUUCUCUACAGUGAUGCCAUCAGCUGGGGGGUGUUGGUGUGUGUGAAGCUGAAUGAGGAGGACACGACAUCAGCCAGUAGGAUCUUCAUCAAGAUCUUGUUCCAGGAAUUAUCCGAAUACAUGGGUUUGCCAAAGCUCAAUGAUCGUCUCAAAGACCCAACACUUCAAGAAUAUUUUGAAGGAAUCAUGCCGCGGGAUAAUCCCAAGAAUACGCGUUUUGCUAUAAACUUUUUUACAACAAUCGGUCUUGGAGGACUAACGGAUGAUCUUCGUGACCACCUGAAGACAAUGACCAAACAGCUGAUGCAGCAGCAACAACAGCAACAGCAGCAGGAAUCUGAGUCUUCAUCGGACUCAUCAGAUAGUGACAGCUCCGAUAGUGACAGCUCCUCCUCCAGCAACAGCUCUGACUCAGACUCUGACAGCAGCUCAUCAGACUCAGGCUCAGAGACAGAGACAAGGAAGAAGAAGAAAAGCAAGCCAGCAGCCAAGACCAAGCACAGCAGCAAAGAGGAAAACUCCGACCAGGACAGCAGAAGACACAGACGAGAAUAUGCCAACGGAGACUACAGUCAUCACAGCAAUAGAGAGAACAAGAAGAAGAAGAGAAGAAAUGAACAGGAGGAAGAAGACAUGGACUACGAAAAACCGAGAAGGGAAGACUCCGAACUGACAAUUACCGACAAGUGCGUGAUGACGAAAUGUACACUGAUUCCUGGGAUAGACGGACUCGUGAUAAUCGAGUGUCAGACACUAGACGUGAGACUGAAAACAGACGCGAUAGAAAUCGAGAACCUAUCGAUCGAAAUCAUCGGCUGGACAAUCAGUUUGACGAAAGGACAGACCGUAGAAAUAAUAAAAAACUUAGGUCACCUGUUAAUGAAAUGCGCCGAGACAGACAGAAUGACGGACGCUUUGAUGGACAGGGGGAUGGGCUCAAGUUGAAACAUAAACAACGAACAUCAGAUCGCGAUCGGAGUGAUCGCGAGGUUGAUAAAGAUGUUGGUAGGGACCGUGAUCGUGAAAGAAAUAGGCGAAGGCACUGAGUUUGAUUAUCAUGACUAUGGUGUGUUCACAGGCUGUCUUGAAAUGUACCCCAGCUGUCAUUCCAUGUUGCAUGCAGCUGACACAAGGUACAAGUGCUUUGUUGAUUGCUUGAAAUAAAUAAAUCUAUGUGUAUGUAGGAAUAUAUAUAUAAAAGUGAUUUCAGGAGUGAGGGAAGACUGACUUCCAAGGCACCUUUGUUUGAUUUCUUCCAUUGGUGCCGAUCAUGGAUAAUCAUGUGUGAUUUUAAUUAUGCUGAGGUGAAUCUCAGCUGGUGUUGUGCUCAAGUCUGCGAUUGAAGGUUGCAGGAGAGUGAUCAUUUUGGUCCUGAAGCCACAAUGGGGGAUGGAUUGGGUGUUGUCCCCAAAAUGUGGCGCUUUCACCAAACAAUAAUCAGGUUUUCCCUCUGAUAUGUUCCUUUGGAAUCAUGAACAAUAAAAAUACCAUCCGUCAAAGAAUUGUGAUGAUUGUUUGUGCACUUUGUUGAACAUUAUGGAAUAUGUUUUGUUUCUUGAAUGUUUUUCUUUUAAGUGUCUGGUAUUUUAAACAUACUGAAACUUUCAAGAUGCAUUUGUAACUCAUUUUCAUUUCAUGAAAUUUAUAUUGUGCACUUCACGUACAAGCAAAUCAAAGUAUUUCAAGGGUUAAAGCUUAAUGUUGACACACACGAAAACAGCUUUUAGUGAGUGAUGAACCAUUUGAUGUUUUACGGAUAUUGGGUGUGGGAUGCAACUAUUCACCAAGAAAAUAAAUAUAAAACAAUUACUAAUCAUGCACUGAACUUGAAGGAAAGUUUUGCUCCACCUCAGUUUGGCCGUGAAUAAAAAAUUACUUGUUUGUUCCAGCCCCAAUCCCUAAAUAUCAAAUGGUUUCUCCUUUAAAUAUGUCUGGAAAUAUAUAUAACGUAUUAUACUUUUUAAGUCCUAAGUAAAUGUCACGAGGAGGUCCUCGGUUUGUUAAUGUACUUAAGAUCAUGCUUUUCUUUUUUUCAAUGAAUCUGCAACGAAAUUGGCUUGAGCUAUUCAUAAACUGAUUUUCCACAUAAAGAUAUUAUCACUGUUA